ACCUUUGCAUCUUUCAUGAGAAUAAUAGCUGUAACAAAUCUCAAAUUUCAAUGCAUUAGUCUCCAAAUUGGAUGUCAUCAAUACACCAAAACCCACAUACGGGGCAAAUGCACUUUCACUCCAACGCCGCCAUCCGCGCUCCCUUCCAUCCUCCCCCGCCGCCGCUACCUGCGCUCCCCUCCAUCGUCCCCCGCCGCCGCCAGCCCCGGCCCUCGUGACUCCUCCAACGAUGGCGGCCACGAUCCCCGCCGCCGCCUCAAUCCCUACCGCAUCUGCGCCAUCACCCGCUCGAUCUCCGUUGGCCGCGCCCCGCGUCGCGAGCUCGGUGCCCGAAGCCGGUGCCCGCGGCGCGCCCCGCUCACCGCGAGCUGCGGCGAGCUGCGGGAGGCCGCAGCGAAGCCGUUGGCCGCGCCCCGCCCGCCGAUGCCCGCGACGCGCCCCGCCCGCCGAUGCCGGUGGCCGCGCCCCGCCCGCCCGCUGCCCGAGCAGCCGCGCAGUUGGCCGCGCCCUGCCCACCGCGAGCUGCGGGAGGCCGCAGCUAGCUCGGUGGUAAGCGUAGCAAUUUGGGGUCCUGACGCCUCGCGUGCUCUGAUGACGGUUCGAGGAUUUGGGCUAGGGCAGCGCCGCCGCCGCCGCCGGGCGUCCCUCGCGCAGCUCUGCCGCCACCGGUCAGCCCUCGCACAGCUCCGCCGCCGGCGUCCACCCUCUAGGUCACGCGCCGCUGCGUCCACGACCCUGAGGGGACGACACCCGCAUCUCCGAAGCCCUCCCGUGGGGACUCUCCCGCUCACCAGGUGGUGGUUUGUGUCCAGAUAUGACGUGCUGAGGUCCUUCUUCACGUUCUGGAGCGGUGUUAGCCUGCAGCAGCAGCGUUUCCGGACAUGCAGUGGAAUCCUUUCAAGAUGCAUACAUGCCCAUUUUUCUGCAUUGAUUUGCCGCAUAUAUUUUUUUAUUGCCGACACUAAAUCUGUUAAAUUUUUUAGGCUGGUCUUCGUCUAACACCACAGAUGAAGAAUCAAACGAUUCUGAAGAUGAUGCUGCGAAUAACACGCUUCAUUUUGAAGUUUAUUUAUUCAGCAUCAGCACAUUCCAUCACUCUGUGGAUUUCCCACCGAUAGAUGUAAUUGUUGGCAACAGCCGGUGGGUUGUUUAUUAAGAUUGACCAUGACCGCUACUUCAAGAUUCACAUGGUUAAAAAGGAUGGCAGGGAACUUUUAGUGGGUUCUCAAAAUCUAGAGGAGCAGCAAAUUGCCAUGUUCGAGAUGGAAACCUAAGACAGUUUCUGUAUAUGGAAUAAUGACCCUUCGUGAUAUAACCCUCCAAUCGGUUUCAGUCCAGGGCCAGGACAAUCAUUGAUUUUGGACAAACAAGAUGGGUGUUCGGUCACAACCUUAUCCUGCUGCUGCUGCCUAUGCACCACUCACAAUGGUACCUGGAGCUCCUGCUAUUCCUCAUGGCUCACAGCCAGCAGCACCAUUCCCCAAUCCAGCUCAACUCAGUGCUUAGCACCAGAUGGUCUACAAGUAACAAUAGCAAUAGCAACACAGACUGUUGUGACUUUCUAUGUUUAUUUCUGCAUAAUCUCUGAAGAAAAUGACAUGGCUCUGUUUUUGUAACCUGGACAAAAGUUGCAGGAUCAGAUGAGAUGUCAAGGCACUUGAUUCUGUCUACUAGCUGAAAAUUGGGGGGGGGGGGGGGGGGGGGGGGGAAGAUGAAGCAUUUUAGGAGUGUAAUAAUUUCUGUAGUUCAAGCUUCAUACAAUUCCAAAACCUGAAGAACAGGUUUUGUCUUUCAUCUGACAUGUACUUUGUUUUGAAUGAACUCAGGACUUCUGCUAUUGAUUGUGUUAUUAUACAUGUGUAAGCAUUAUGUGCGCUAAGAACCUUAGUUUUUGAGAAAUAUGGGCUACUAUGAUAUACUGGAAUCUGAAUUAGAUAUU